AUGGCUCAGCCUGCCGCGAGCGCCUCGCCGUUCGGGUCGAGUUCCCCUUCGCUAUCGUUCGGUCCGUCGGGGACUCCGCUUCUACUCCGUUCGGUACGCCCGCGCCGUCUUCCGGUGCGAGCUCCGGUUCGUCGUUGUUCGGAGCGGCCACUUGGUGCGCCUCCGUUCGAAGGGCGGCUUCGGGUACCAAGCUCGCCACUGUUCGGUGCGGCUCCGACGUCGUCAUCGACUUCGACCACAACCGCCGCUCCGUCUCUCUGUUUGGGACGCCGCCUUCCGCCGCCGCCGCCUCUGGAGCGUCCUCAUUCCGGAGGAACUGCUUCAGCCGCUAGCUCUGGUGCGCCAGUGUUUGGGACAAGUCUGUCCACGGUUCCUCCUGUUCGGUACAACUGCGACCUCCGCGAGUCCAAGUUUCUUCGCCCCGGCCGCAGCCACAGCCGCCGCCGCCUCCACCACAGCUGCGUUUCCGCAGCUUCUGCAUCGGCUUCAGCAACUACUCCUUCAUUUUCGAACAUAUUUCCUUCUAGUUCAGCCUUUCGCGCCGUCAGCCCCGCCCUCGACUGCGUCUUCCGCGAAGCCUACGUCCUUUUCUUUUGUCCCAUCUGCGGCGCCGUCGUUCUCUACUGUCACCACUACCACCAGCGUCGACUCCAUCUGCAGUUAGUAGUUCAGCGCUUCGGUGUCCUCUUCGACGACAUUGCCUUCAUUUGCUGCGGGCUUCUCUUCGGUCCCAAGCUUUUCGUUGUCUACCAAAACUUCAACACCAGCUUCAUCUCCGGCACCUUCUGCCACCACCACGUCCCUGCUUUUAGCAUCCCUGCUACAACUUCUGCAUCAACAACAGGUUCUAGUGCCAGUACAACUGCAGCUCCAACAUCAUCUCUUAUUGUAGCCUCUAGUAGCGGAACAACAUCAAGCACCAGCGCUCCAGCUGCUGUUCCAAAACUACCUUCAGAGAUCGUAGGGAAGACUGUUGAGGAGAUUAUCAAGGAGUGGAAUGCUGAGCUACAAGAGCGAACAGGGAAAUUCCGGAAGCAGGCAAAUGCCAUAGCUGAGUGGGACAAGAGGAUUUUGCAGAAUCGUGAUGUUCUUCUUAGGCUUGAGAUUGAAGUGGCAAAAGUGGUUGAAACGCAAGCUAACCUGGAGAGACAGCUGGAAUUAAUUGAAACUCAUCAGCAAGAGGUUGACAAGGCUUUGCAGAGCAUAGAAGGAGAAGCUGAACGUAUUUACAAGGAUGAGCACGGACUAUUGCUUGAUGAUGAAGCUGCGUCCACUAGAGAUGCUAUGUAUGAACAAGCUGAGUUGAUAGAGAGGGAGCUGGAGCAAAUGACGGAACAAAUUAAAACAGUCAUCCAGACUCUGAAUUCCAGCCAGGGUGGAGAGCUCGACACCAUUGAUGGCAUGACACCACUGGAUGUUGUUGUCAGGAUUUUAAACAAUCAGCUUAGCUCUUUAAUGUGGGUUGAUGAGAAGGCAGAGGAAUUUUCCUCACGUAUUCAGAAGCUUGCAAGGCAAGGUUCUGCUGCAGAACGCGAAUUGAUGGGCCCAAAAUUGUGGAUGUCUUGAACCUUUGAUCUUCAGAUGCAUGAUGUAACUUUUUGAUUUUUGUCAUAGCGGUCUAACGUCUGUUAAGGUUGUCGUUACUUGUUGCAGCCUUGAUAACUGCUGAUGAGCUCUCAAUUGAUGGAGUUAUUUUUCCCUCCACCCCAGAAAUGGAUCCUCCGAUCUUUUCA